AUGGUCGCCAAGUCUCUCCUCUUCAUGCUCCCUCUUGCGAUCGCUGGAUUUGUACAAGCUAGCCCUGUGACCAAACGCGAUGGCUGCUCCUCGUACGUCAUCAUCGACACUCGCGGCACUGGGGAGUUCCAAGGUCCUUCUGCCGGAUUUCGUACGAUGAACUCUCGCAUUCUCGCGUCCGUCUCCGGUGGUUCCGAGUACGACACGAUCUAUCCCGCCGAUUUUAGCCAAAUUUCGACUCUGGGCACGGAGAACAUCAUCGCCGAGAUCAACAACAAGCUUGCUCAGAACUCUGCCACUUGCUUCAUCCUCGAAGGCUAUUCGCAGGGUGCUGCGGCCACGUGCAAUGCCCUUCCUCGCCUCACGGGAGCCGCUUUCGACGCUGUGAAGGGAGUCAUCCUUAUCGGCAACCCGGAGCACAAGCCUGGUCUGGCUUGCAAUGUCGACAACAACGGCGGCAAGAGUACGGCUGCAGCCAGUGGCAUUGAAGCCUUGAUCGGAGGAGGCGUUCCUUCCAACUGGGUCUCCAAGACGCUCGACAUUUGCAUCUUUGGCGACGGAGUCUGCGAUGCGCAAUCUGGCUUCGGCAUCACCUUCCAACAUCUGCUCUACCCUACCGACGCCAAUGUCCAAACCAUGGGUGCCAACUUUGCCAUCAAAGCACUCCAGGGCUGA